CAGUCGAGCAAGCAGAUAUUUAUUUACCAUUGAACUGAAUAGUUUAUUGAAUGGAAUUGGCGUAAAAUCGACCUUGCCAAUAAUAUAUAUUCGCACUAAACAAACGAUACGGACAGAAAACAAGUUGUUGUUAUUUUCUAAUGCGGAUAUAUGUAUAUAAACGUGAGCAAAUCGCACGGUGCGUUUAUCAGUUCUCAGUCGAUCCAGUCCAAGUUACGAAAAAAUAACAACAGUUUAGGCACUCUGUGUCAGAUUCAUUGAUUUUAAUAUAAUUUUAAUAAGUUAACGAAGAUGGGUUUGGGUAAGGUAAUGAUGGACCUAUGCGGGAAGCAAAACCAUUGUGAUUUGCUACCGAUCCAGACCUUUCUCAGGGACUUGGAAAACGAUGAGACUUUGGUUGUGCAAUCGUGUCGAUCUUUUGAGUCCGCCGAUGUUGCGGAACAUUUUGUUUCGGAAAUCUAUAGGGUCGAAGUGACAGGAUUUAAAAAAAAUGAAGAUAAACAACAAGACUACAAGAAGAUGUUAAUAGUAAAGUGCAGAUUACGAAACGAAGCGGUCGUGAAGGAAUUUAAUUUUGAAGAGGUCUACAAGAACGAGUGGUUGGCUUAUACCCGAAUUUUACCAAUAUUGAAUAAGAACGCAUCCGGCGAUCUCCCAAUUCCAAGAUGUUUUUACGCUGAUCCCACCAUGUUGGUCUUGGAGGAUUUGUCCGUAUUAGGUUACAAAACUGUUGACAUCGUUGAACCAUUCACCGUACAACAUGUCGAAAGUACACUUUGUGCUUUGGCAAAACUACACUCGGCUUCCAUGAUUAUGGAAGAGAAUGAUUACGAGAGCUUGGAGGCCUUGUCAGUGUUCACGAAUGAUGUUGUCUACAAUCAUGGCGAUGUCAGUAAUCCUGCCAAGUACCAAAAGCUUAAUAUUGACCUAGCUAUAGCAGUAUUUAAAGAAUUGGGCGAUUCCGAUGAAAACUAUUCUGUGCUGGAAAAACUGAAUAGAUUGAAGGACAUCUGCUUCGAUUUACAGAAAAAAUUGGUGUGCACGAAGAGACCAUACCGCGUGAUUAAUCACGGCGACGCUUGGUUUAAUAACAUAAUGUUGAAAGACGGCAAAGCGAUGUUGCUCGAUCUUCAAAUAAUGCGUUUCACAUCUCCGGCCGUCGACUUGAGCUACUUUUUAUAUGUUAACUUGAAGCCUUCUAUGAGGAGGGAGAAUUUAGAUAGGUUCUUGGACGUGUACCUGGAGAACUUGGAAGGUGUAAAACGAUCCAAGAAUUGGCUGGUCAAGGAGAUGAAAGAAUUUGCAGUCGUCGGAUUUAUUAACGCUUUGUGGUUGCUGCCUUUGUUCUACUUCAAAAAGGAAUUUUUAGGGAUCAGCCAAGAGAUGACACGAAGUGACCAGGAAUACAUUAAUAUGUAUUUGAAUAAUGCUUCAUUUUACUUCAAAGAGCGCUUGCGUGAAAUAGUCAUAGAUUUUUUUAACCACGAAGACUGUCCGUUAGUUUUAUAGAAAUGAUUUUAAUAUCCGAUUUUAUUUGUAAAUUUGUAAUUUUAUUUAUUGUUUCAAUUGUAUUGUAAACCCUCAAUUGAGACUGAUUUUAAUCUGUUUGUGUAGAAUUUUAAUAUGUACAAUCUUUGAACUAAUUAAUUAAAACAAUUCAUUCCUUGUCGGAUGUUGACUUCAUUGAUAUCA